CAAAAUCCUUUGUGUUAUUAUUACUAGUAUCUUCAUCAUUUAUAUUACUAUUACUGUCGCCACUGAUUAAGGCACUCUUACUCACGUAGCCCUCAUUGCUGGAGUGUUGUUGACGGUGUUCAUGUCGUUUUGCGUGGCUGCCCGCGUCUGUCUCCGCGUUCUGAUUGUUGCAGUCAGUUUCGCGAAUAUCCCUUUAAGCUUUAAUGUCACGGUGACAGUGUCAUCAUAAUGCGUUAUAGCGGCACUACUACGGGCUUAUAAUUAUAACACCAGCGGCAGAGUGGGGGGGGGGGUCUCAAACGUCACCUUUUGUGUUACCGAUGGCGGUAAUCUUUGCAGGGUUACCGCGGCGACUGUAAUUUAUAUUGUUAAGGAUGUUAUCUUGUUUUUACUUGAAUUGUUUUAUAUGCUUUGUUGUCGUUUCACGUGCGGCGGUGGUGGUGGUGAGGGGGACGAUUUGAUUUUUGUGCGGUCGAGGUGUUUUUUUCUUCUCCUCGCGAAGCCGGGAAACCACUACAAACAAAAGAGGAUCACAAAGUAGUGGUUGUUAGUGGUGGUAUGGAGCUUCACACCUUACAAGACGCUCUCAAGCACGAAAUUCAGCAACACCAGAAACUGGUGUCACAGAUCAAGCAGGAUCCACAGGACGUGGAGCUGAAGAAGCAGCUGCACGAACGGCAGGCGCGCAUCACGGCACUCAGCGAGAAGCAGAAGAAGGUGGUCGAGCAAUUAAGAAAGGACCUGGUGAACAAGCAGCACCAGCGGCAGCACGGAACGAGCGGGGACGUGCAGCCGCAUGCAACUAAGAUGGUGUCACGGCCACCUGUCGCGAUCGCCAUUCCGCUGGUAAAAGGCGGCUCCCACAACGCACAGCAGCAGCAGCAGCAGCCGCCACCACGGCCGGUCGCUCCGGUCGCCCCCGUCGCCCUUCUUGCUCCGGUUGCGCCCGUCGCUCCCGUCGCUCCCGUCGCGCCCGUGACCCCAGCGGCGGCGACGUUGCUAAGUAACGGGCAGAAGACCCCGCCGCGCGUAGAAGCGUCGGCGCAGACUCCUCCCGGCGUUCAUGCCGCACCGCAUAGGAGCAAGCAGGCUCAGGUCGGUACUUCCCAGGUGCCUUUGCGAAUUCCACAAUUUCCGGCAGUGCAGAGACUCGUGGGUAAAAGUCUUGCCAUACUUCCGGAGAUCAGACCCAAGCCCCUGGCUUCAUCCCCCAGUGCCCAGGAGAGACCGCACUGCAAUGGCAAGAGUGGCAGCGGGGCCCAUGCGCGUGCGCUGCACGCUCACGUCGCCAACGGCACGGCUGGCACGACUAUCAAGAGCGGCUCCUCUGUGGAUGAGGCCAAGCAGCCCACGCCGACAAGAGUGCAGGUGGCCCCAGGAAGGGGGCGGCUGGAUGGCUCCACCAACCACGGCCCGUCGCCCCAUCACAGCAUGAGCGGUCAUGGCCGGUCGCCGCCGCCGCCGCCGCCGCACGGCAUGGUCAAUCACGCACGUUCCAGGAUGUCGGACAGCGCCGAGAUGUCCAGUGGGGGCCCGGGGUCAGAACGUUACAACGAGAAACAAAAAAAGACGAUAGUGCAAAGUAUUGGAAAGAAAGUUGCCUUCAUGGUGGCUCUGGGUCUGGCCACACCUGAACACGUCGAGGAGCUGCAGAGCCGGCGACAGGAGAGGAAGCGACGGACGACGGCGAACCCCCUGUACAGCGGAGCGUACUACGAGCCCGAGUGCAAGCGCGGGGCAGCCAGCUACCUGAGCAGCAGCUCCUCCGCUCACCAUACAACGAGGAGGCGAGUUCCUGACGAUCCUACGUGGCGGGCAGAGGCGGAGGAGUGCUGCUGUGUCUGCAAGCGGAGUGGGCUGCUCCUCACGUGCGACGCUUGCUCCGGCCUCUAUCACCUCGAGUGCCUAGAGCCGCCCCUCAAGUCCACCCCACGCGGCGUCUGGUUCUGCCAAGAAUGUCAGCAGCAGGGCUUUAAGAAGGACGACGCCAUGCUGUGGCCGGAGACCCUGGCAGUGGUGCACGCGUACAUCGCGCAGAAAACCACUAAAGAGGAGGAGCGCCGUCGCCUGCUCAAGCGCUCGGCCGAGCUGCGGUGCCAGUGCGAGGCGACGGAGGGACGCGUCUCCACCGUGGGACUGCUCAUCACGAAAAGCGUCGAGAGCCGCAGCGAUCUCGUCGCCAAGGAGGACCAGAGCCGCACGUCGCUGGAGAGGCUACGGACGCUGCUGGCUCUCGUUCAGGACUCGCGCUCCGCGGCGGCCGCCACCACGCUGGUGUCUCUGUGACGUACUGGAGCUGCGCGGACGCGCGCGUCCGCACGCACGCACCAGACGUGAAUUCACAAAUGUCGGAGGCACGCACACUCGGGUAACACUUGCACAGACACUCGUGCACACGGUUCUCUUACAGUUACAGUUAGGGUAUACACGCGUGCGUGCGUGCGUCGGCGCGCUCGCAGUCCACGCACACGUGAGCGAGCUCGCAGUUACGUGGGCGCGCAGGUGUGGGCGGCACAGGUGUACUCGCGCAGGUGUACUCGCACAGGAAUGCUUGCAACGGGCACGCCUACACAAGACACCCACGUGAAUACAUACAAACAACCAUGCUCACUCGGGCGUGCUUUGUGUAGUCACAUGUGAGCACGUGCACAGGCGCUCCCACGCACGCAUGCAUGAAAACGCUUGUACAUAUACACACACACACACGCGCGCGCAUGGGCACAAAACAAAGAUCCCCCGUAUCGCCUGAACAGACUUUUGGGGCAAUUGCUGU